AUGGCGCAGAAAGGAGCUCAGCCGGACCAGGAAACUUUGACUUGUUCAAUCUGUCUGGAUCUACUGAAGGAUCCGGUGGCUAUUCCCUGUGGACACAGUUACUGCAUGAAGUGUAUUGGAAACUUCUGGGAUGAAAAGGAGCACAAGAAGACCCACAGCUGCCCUGACUGUAGGCAGACCUUCACACCGAAGCCUCUCCUGGUGAAAAAUGUCAUGUUAGCAGUUUUGGUGGAGCAGCUGAGGACGACAGGACUCCAAGCGGCUCCUGCUGACUGCUCCUAUGCAGGACCUGAAGAUGUUGCCUGUGAUGUUUGCACUGGUAGGAAACUGAAAGCCAUAAAGUCCUGUUUGGUGUGUCUGGUCUCUUACUGUGAGAAACACCUCCAACAACAUUACAGUGCGGCACAGUUAAAGAAACACCAGCUUGUGGAGCCCGCCAAGACUUUACAGGAGAACUUGUGCUCUCUCCACGACGAGGUGAUGAAGAUGUUCUGCCGCACCGAUCAGCAGAGCGUCUGUUACGUCUGCACCGUGGAUGAGCAUAAAGGCCAUGACGUAGUCUCAGCUAAAACAGAAAGGGCAGAGAAACAGAGGGAGAUGGGGAUGACUCGACAAAAGAUCCAGACGAAGGUACAGGACCUGGAGGAGGAGGUGAAGCUGCUGCAGCGAGAGGUGGGGAACAUCAAUCGUUCUGCUGAUAAAACAGUGGAGGACAGUGAGAAGAUCUUCAGGGAGCUGGUGCUUCUCAUCCAGAAGAGAAGCUCUGAUGUGAAGCAGAAGGUCAGAUCCCAACAGGAAACUGAAGUGAGUCGGGUGAAAGAAGUUCAAGAGAAGCUGCAGCAGGAGAUCACUGACCUGAAGAAGAAAGACACCGACAUGGAUCAGCUUUCACGCACACAAGAUCAUAACCAGUUUCUACACGGCUACACUUCACUGCUGCCACUCAGUGAGUCCACACACUCAUCCGGCAUCCAUAGACGCCCUCUGAAGUACUUUGAGGAUGUACAAGCUGCUGUGUCAGAGACCAGAGAGGAACUACAGGACAUUCUGGGAAAGAAAUGGACUGAAAUCUCACUGAGAGUGACUGAGGCAGAUGUUUUACUGUCACAGCCACCAGAGCCAAGAACCAGAGCUGACUUCUUAAGAUAUUCACGUGAAAUCACGCUGGAUAGAAACACAGCACAGGACAACCUGGUGUUAUCUGAGGGAAACAGGAAAGCAACAUUAACGAGACGUUCACAGGGUUAUCCUAGUCACCCGGAGAGAUAUUCUGCAUGGUUUCAGAUCCUGAGUGAGGAGAGUCUGACUGGACGUUGUUACUGGGAAGUGGAGUGGGGAGGACACGGUUCUGUAGCAGUCACAUACAAGGAUGUCAACACACCAGCCACUAAAUUUGGACAAAAUAACACAUCUUGGGCUUUAUUUUGUGACAAUCAAAGUAACCAUUUUUGGCAUAACAAACUCAAAACCCCCGUCUCUGAUUCUCAGUCCUCCAGAGUGGGAGUCUACCUGGAUCACAGAGCAGGUAUUCUGUCGUUCUACAGCGUCUCUGAGACCAUGACGCUUCUCCACAGAGUCCAGACCACUUUCACAAAACCACUUCAUGUUGGGCUAAGUCUCUACUUUGACUAUGGAGACACUGCAAGGUUUUAUAAACCCACAUAAGUGUACAAUGUCUUGCUGAGUUCAUCGUUGUGUUGCGUCUUUCCUCCUCUCAGACUGAUGCAUCAAGUCAACAAUGAUUGAGAGAUCAAAGCCGUUUGUUCAUACAUUUUUAAUAUGCUGGUUUGAGUUCCUAACUUAAAUUAAGCUCUUUAUUGGCUCCCGUUAGACUCUCUUUAACUUUCUCUCUGCUACAUAAGACUUUUGAAUAUUUCUAAAUAUAUGUGUAUGUUGUUUCUCCAUCACUGCAUCUUUAAAGCCUCCUUUAACAUUUAAAACUAAAUCUUUUCAUACAAUUUGUGUAACAAAGUGCUUCACAGUUAUAAAUGUAAACACACACACACACACUCGACCACAGAUGAUCUGUUGUGCUGUUGAAAACGAAAUAAAGGAAGAAUAAUUAUCAAGAAGAUGAUGCAAAUUAAUGUGUAAAAAAUUGACACGUAACAUAAUGAAUAAAUGCAUUUUUUUCUCAA